CAAUUUUCACAUAUACCAAACUUUCAUCAGCUUUCAUAAACAUCUCUAAGAUGGCGAGGACGUGGCAGAAGAUGGCAGCAAUGGCGAGAAAGAUUUCCUCACCAAGAGCCAAUGAACACUCUGAUUUCAGUGCAUGCAGUACAUCAUCUGUUGCAGAAAAAGGCCAUUUCAAUGUGUACACUUUGGAAGGCAAGCGGUUUAUGAUUCCCUUGGUAUACCUAAACAAUGUUGUUUUCAAGGAGCUUUUGAAGAUAUCUGAAGAAGAAUUUGGAUUGCCUGGUGAUGGCCCGAUCACAUUGACUUGUGAUGCCGUAUCCAUGGAGUAUGUCCUUUCUAUGCUAAGAAGAGGAGUUUCUCAAGAAGUGGAGAGGGCAUUGCUUAGCUCCAUUUUCAUUAAUACUAGCCCAUCCACAUGCUCUACUUUUUCUGUACAAAAUACUCAACAGCUAACAAUCUGCAGUUUCUGAAUUCUCAGUGUUCUUAUUGUAAUCUCACAAAUAUCCACUUGUACAUUCUUUACAGU